AGCUUGUGACGCUUAAAAUUCCUGUUCUCACGUGUGGAGCCUCAGGUCCUCGUCGGGCUCUCUGCGAUGGUGUGGUGCAAAAUAAGGCCCGGAAGUCGCCGAGAGUGGAAAAGUAACGAGGCACCUGAGUGUUUGAAAAGGCUUCACAGGCUGCUCGCUGAAAGACGGUUCUAGGCGGGAGGGCGCGCCCUUCCUGACGUUCUCUUUAUUUUUCAGUGUUUCUCGUUUAGGCUGGAAGCCAGAUUCCAUGGACAAACUGCGAUAAUGGAUCCCAGCAGUGAUUACCGCUUUCUCAAUGAUGUUCUAGGGAAAACAGUGAAAAUCACACUGAAAUGUGGCAUAUUCCAGGGGGUGCUGCAACAUGUGGAUUCCAACCGAAGUAUCUUUAUAAACAGAGUUAAGAAUUUGGAAAAUGAUAGAUGUGUUCCAGGAGUGAAGAUGUUUUUUGGUCAUGAAAUUGUGAAUGUGCAAUUGCUUGAUGAAUCAGAGAAAUGUGAUGCUAAAGGAAUGGCUACUUCUACCAGCAGGGAAUACCUAGCUACUAGAAUGGCUGCUGAGGACAGAGGAACACCACUGAAGCAGAACACUCAAGAUUCUAAUGCUGCUCCCCAAGAGAGUAAGCAGCUGAACCUGGGUCAGUUCAGAUCUACCAAUUCAGAUACAGAAACAGAGGAGGCUACAGAAUACAUUGUCAUCGAUCAGUUCCAAAGGAAAUUUGGUUCUGCUAUAAUGCACAUCAAAAAGCAAAAAGUCUGUGGUAUUUCCGCAGAGGGUGUCAAUCUGUGUCGUCAUGGAAAACUCUCUUGGCUGCAGGUUGCAACAAAGAGCCAUGUGUUCUUAUUUGACAUUUUCCUUCUGGGAGCUCGAGUGUUCAAGAAUGGCCUCCAAAUGGUACUGGAAGAUGGGAACAUUUUGAAAGUUAUCCAUGACUGCCGGUGGCUCUCUGACUGCCUUUCUCAUCAAUAUGGAAUUAUGCUGUCCAAUGUCUUUGAUACACAGGUUGCUGAUGCCUUGUACUUUUCAAUGGAAACAGGUGGCUUCCUUCCACACUGCAUUUGCACUCUACAAGAAUGCAUGAUGCAGCACCUGGGGAUGCCUUACAAACAUGUCUCUUUCAUGACACAGAGGCACCAUGCAGUUGAAGAAAACCCUGAAGUGUGGUUCGUGAGACCCCUUCCACCUACAUUGCUGAACGUGCUGGCUCUAGAAACAUUCUACCUUCUCCCUCUUCGUAUGAUGCUCCUGGAUAAAAUUAUGUCCGACCUAACAGUUUUGGUUGAUGGAUACCUAAAUGCAUUUCGAGAAGGCUCUGCAGACCCUCUGGGGAGCACAGAGAUCUCUUGCAUGGAGCUACCACAAGAGCUACGACAGUUAUCAAAUUUUCACAAGCUACGAAGAGAAAAAGCAUUGCAGAAGUUUCAACAGAAUGAAGAAGGUCUCCUCAUCAGAACACCAAUGGGGACUGUGGAGCGAACGACAGCAAGAAAGGAGGGAAACCACAGAGAUAGUAUUGGAUUCAUUCCUUUGCAUGUGGCAGAGUCCUUAUAA